AUGUUUCUUAGUGAUGACACCAAUCCGGAGGAAGGCGGGGCGGCGGCAGAGUCUCCCGGGUGUCCGCUGCCAGAAUUAUAUGCUUUUGUUGAGGACUUUACUAAGGAGAGCAAGAAAUCAAGUCUCCUAAAAACUCACGGUAUUUCACUGAGCGAAGCACAGAAAAUGCUUAGUCAAAACCUGAAUGCCAUGUCAAUUAGUGGAACCGACGACGUGAGGGAAGAAGACCCCCAGCCUCUUUUCGUAGAAACAAUUCAUGGAUCUAAGGGAUCUGGAAUGGAGAUACUACAAGGGGCUCGUGUCGUGGAAGCACGGUACUAA